UUAGACAUAUCCAAGACUUUGUUCAAUCCCCAUUUGUCUGAGGGGCGCAUUAUUCUUUGUUGAACCUGCUCCAUGUUCCUCAGACCUUAAAGGGAAAAGACAUAAGACAUAAACACAAAGCAUUUGAAAGGUCUUGAGGAAGGGUAGAAAACAUGUCUUUCACUGGAACUCUUGACAAAUGUGCGGCUUGUGAUAAGACUGUAUAUGUUGUUGACUUGUUAACUCUUGAAGGCAUUCCUUACCAUAAAAGCUGCUUCAAAUGCAGUCACUGCAAGGGAAAUCUUACGAUGAGCACAUACUCCUCAAUGGAUGGAGUUCUCUACUGCAGGACACAUUUUGAACAGCUUUUCAAGGAAUCAGGCAAUUUCAGCAAGAACUUUCAGAAUGCAAAGUCUUCUGAGAAGCAAGGCGAGCUGAACAGGACCCCUAGCAGACUAUCUUCCAUGUUCAGUGGAACCCUGGACAAAUGUGCAGUUUGCACAAAAACAGUUUAUCCACUGGAAAAGGUGACCCUGGAAGGGGAAUGCUACCACAAGACAUGCUUUAGGUGUGCUCAUGCAGGGUGCCCUCUGACACAUUCAAACUAUGCUGCCCUUGAUGGGAACCUCUACUGCAGGGUUCAUUUUGCACAGCUUUUCAUGGAGAAAGGGAGCUACAGCCAUGUGCUGAAAGCUGCACACAGGAGGACUGGUUCUUCUACACCUCCUGAACCAGUACUUGAGGAGCCAGCAGCACCAGCUGCAGCUCCUGAUGAAGAGAAAGAAGAAGAAACUUCUUGAAUGAAACAACCUGGAAACAUGAUGAUUUGCUUCCUGCCCGUCUUUCAGGGGAAGGUCUAUGGUUGAAGUUCUGUGUCCAAGAUUUGAUAUUUAACAAACUAUUUUUGAGUUCAAUUGUAAGCUACUUGAGAAGUUUGUUUAUGUAUUCAAAGUUUCAAACAAAAAGAUUUGAGCCAUACGAUAUAUCCUUUUAUUCAAAUCUAUUAUAUUAUAUUAAAACUAA